AUGGAGCAGUCCAACAAGGAGCACAGGAAGAGGAGCGAAAAGGCAACAGCCAAGAAGAAACUGCAUACGCAGGGCCACAAUGCCAAAGCGUUCGCCGUGUCAGCUCCGGGCAAAAUGGCAAAGGCCAUCCAAAGGACCAGCGACGUAAAUGAGAGAAAGCUCCAUGUUCCAAUGGUAGACCGGACUCCGGAAGACGAUCCUCCACCCGUGAUUGUCGCUGUGGUGGGGCCUCCGGGAACCGGUAAGACCACUCUCAUUAAGUCUCUCGUGAGAAGGAUGACGAAGUCGUCACUCACAGAGGUCAACGGGCCCAUCACCGUGGUUUCAGGUAAGAGAAGAAGAUUGACUUUUCUAGAGUGUCCUGCCGACGAUCUCAACUCCAUGGUCGACGUUGCCAAGGUUGCGGACCUGGUUUUACUAAUGAUGGACGGAAACUUUGGUUUCGAAAUGGAAACCAUGGAAUUUCUUAACCUUGCACAACACCACGGUAUGCCUCGAGUAUUAGGUGUUGCCACGCAUUUGGAUCUCUUCAAAUCGCAGUCCACUUUGAGAGCCUCCAAGAAGCGGCUAAAGCACAGAUUUUGGACAGAAGUUUACCAAGGUGCCAAACUAUUCUAUCUGUCCGGUGUCAUAAAUGGCCGUUAUCCAGAUCGUGAGAUUUUGAAUUUAUCAAGAUUUAUUUCAGUCAUGAAAUUCAGACCAUUGAAAUGGAGAAACGAACAUCCAUAUCUAUUGGCGGACCGUCUUACAGACAUCACGCAUCCGCAAAUAUUGGAGACCAAGGGUAAACACGUUGACAGAAAAGUCGCACUCUAUGGCUACUUACAUGGAUCCGCUUUGCCUGCUAUGGCCGGAGCCCGCGUCCAUCUGGCAGGGGUAGGUGACUACUCCAUAUCGCAUGUCGAGAAAUUGCCCGAUCCAUGUCCAACUCCUUACUUUCAGCAAAAGCAGGAUGAAUAUGAACGGGAAAGGAUGAAAGAAGAAGGCGGUGCCUCUUCUGGUGCGCCUCGUAGACGUAAAAGGCUUGACGACAAGCAAAAGCUUAUUUACGCACCAAUGUCUGACGUGGGUGGUGUUCUUAUGGACAAAGACGCCGUUUUUAUUGACGUUGGCUCGAAGAGUGGAGAAGGUGCCAGCUUCGUACCAGGCCAGGAAAAGGGUGAAGGUGAAAAGCUUGUGACCAGCCUUCAAUCAGCUGAGAGAGGAUUUGCAGAAGGUUUUGAUGGCGUCGGCUUGCAACUUUUUAGUAAUGGACAGGAGUUACACGCCGAGGAUCAGCAAUUGGACGACUCAGGGAGUGACGAAGAAGCCGACGUUAAUGGGGUAGAUGGGGGAAGAUCCAACUUGAGAAAACCCAGAAUUUACGGUAAAUCCGUACAAGAAGCAGAUGCAGAAGUUGACGCGUUAGCAUCCGAAGAUGAAGAAGAAAAUGACGAUUUUAAUGAUGAUGAAACGCGUCAAAGGCGAAUGGUUGAUGUUGACUUUCCUACUGGAAACGGUGAUCUAGUUGAUGCCCAGACCGACUCUGAAUUUGAGCUUUCAGAUCACGAACAAGAUAUCUGGACGCGUAGUACAGCCUCAAAGCUCGAAGGUCUCAACAACAGGCGCAGGAAAUGGGACAUUGGUAAACUCAUCUACAUGGACAAUAUUGCACCCUCGGACUGUCUGAAAAGAUGGAGAGGCGAAACUGAUCAAGAAACGGAAAACGAUGAUGAAUUGGAAGAAGAUGAAGAUUUUUUCCAGAAGAAGGACACUGUGAAAUCUGCGGCAUCCGAUGCCAAUGACGACUUAGAAAAAUUCAAACCACAUUUCGAGACAUUUAAAAAGCUCAUUUCCAAAUGGCCUAAUAUGGAUCGGAUCAAGAACAGAUUCAUUGGAUCUUCAAAAUCUUCAUCCGCAAGUUCAGCAGGUGCUGAUGAAGCUGAUGAAGACGAGGAAGCUUAUGGUGACUUUGAAGAUCUCGAAGAAACCAACGGUGAAGGAGCAGAAAGUGAGGCUAAUAGUGACAACUCAUCUCAUAGUGAUAGCGAUGGUAGUGAAAGCGACCACUCAUUUACAGAUUUCGACCGCGAAGAGAAAAAGUCACUUUCAACAGAAGAAGAAAGAGAACAGAAUGCAGCAAAGAAAGAGAACCUACGCUUGCAAUUUGAGAUGGAAGAAGGUGACAAUUUCAAGGAGGACGAUCCAAACAACGAAUAUGAUACGUGGUAUGAGUUACAAAAGGCCAAAAUGGCCAAACAAAUGGAAAUCAAUAAUGCCGAGCUUGAGGAUAUGACUCCUGAGCAGCGUCAAAAAAUUGAAGGUUAUAGAGCAGGAUCCUAUGUGCGAAUUGUUUUUGACAAUUUGCCAAUGGAGUUUGUUGAGAACUUCAACCCCAAAUACCCUAUUAUUAUGGGAGGUUUGCUGCCCGCCGAAUUGAAGUUUGGUAUCAUCAAAGCAAGAAUCAGAAGACACAGAUGGCACAAAAAGAUCUUGAAAACCAAUGAUCCGCUAGUAUUGUCGUUAGGCUGGAGAAGAUUUCAAACAUUGCCGAUAUACACGACCAGUGAUUCGCGGACAAGAAAUAGAAUGCUCAAGUACACUCCAGAACAUUCGUACUGUUUUGCCAGCUUUUAUGGACCCUUGUGUUCCCCUAAUACAACCUUUUGCGGUAUUCAGGUUGUUGCGAACAGUGAUACCACUGGAAGUUUCAGAAUUGCAGCCACUGGUAUUGUAGAAGAGAUCGAUGCCAGUGUGGAGAUCGUCAAAAAAUUGAAACUUGUUGGGUAUCCUUACAAGAUUUUCAGAAACACCGCUUUCAUCAAGGAUAUGUUCUCCAGUGCUAUGGAGGUUGCAAGGUUUGAAGGUGCUCAAAUCAAAACUGUUUCGGGUAUCAGAGGUGAAAUAAAAAGAGCCUUAUCCAAGCCUGAAGGUCAUUUCAGAGCCACUUUCGAAGACAAAAUUCUCUUGAGUGACAUCAUUGUGCUGAGAAGUUGGUAUCCGGUUCACAUCAAGAAAUUUUACAACCCAGUCACAUCCUUGCUGCUGCAGAAUAAGACCGAAUGGAAAGGUUUGAGGCUCACCGGUCAGAUCAGAGCUGCCAUGAACAUCGAAACACCAAUGAAUCCAGAUAGUGCUUACAAAAAGGUUGAGCGCUCUGAAAGACGUUUCAAUGGUCUAAAAAUCCCAUCAUCUAUUCAAAAGUCACUUCCAUUCAAAUCUCAAGUGCAUCAAAUGAAGCCUCAGAAGAAGAAGACUUACAUGGCUAAGAGAGCUGUCGUUCUCGGUGGUGAAGAAAAGAAGGCACGCUCAUUCAUGCAGAAAGUGCUAACGGUAGCGAGCGCCAAAGAAGAGAAGAGGAAAGCCAAGAAUCAAGAUUCGCGCAAGGAAAGGCUCAAGAAAUUGGCUAAACUUGAGGAAAUCAAAAUUGAAAAGGACAAAGAGCGCAAGAAGAGAUAUUUUUCCGGAGAAGGUAAGAAGAGACAACACACUGACUCCAGUGCAGACAGGGAAUCUAACAAACGUAGAUAA